GUACGUGAUUGUGGAAAAUUUGAGGUACAUGUUACUUGGCAUUGAUACACAGAAGCCAAUUUACUUCGGAGCCAGAUUCAAACCAUUCAUCAAACAGGGAUAUAUGAGUGGAGGUGCAGGAUAUGUUCUCAGUAAGGAAGCAUUGAGAAAAUUUGUAGUUGAAGCCAUACCAAACAAAGCAAUUUGUAGACAAGACACUGGAGGUUCUGAAGAUGUUGAAAUUGGAAAAUGUCUUGCAGCUGUUAAUGUAGAAGCUGGAGAUUCGAGGGAUCCAGAGCAUAGAGGAAGGUUUUUCGCUUUUUCGCCGCUUCACCAUCUCAUUCCUGGACACGUAGAUAACAAAUUUUGGUACUGGAAGUACAUAUAUUAUAACGAGUCUCAGGGUAUGGAUUGCUGCUCUGAUAAUGCAGUCUCAUUUCAUUAUAUGAAACCAGAUAUGAUGUAUACAAUGGAAUAUCUUUUGUACCACCUUCGUCCAUUUGGAAUAGCUUAUGAUCCCAAACUACCACCUAAACUGUCAGAAAUCUUGAAGGAUGGCCAUAGUAAAGAACAUAAAGAUAACGUAUCUUCGGAGGGUCAGACUCAAAACAGAAUAGUUUCGCAGACGUGAAAGUAGCUAGGACUAAAAUAGGAUAUAAGAAAAUGGUAUGUAUUUUCUCAAGUCAGGGGAAUAGUAAGAUAU